AGGCUGCCGAGAUGCUCUUCUCGAAAACAUGUCGCCCAUGAAGCUGUGUGUCCCCGGUGACAAACUAUGCAGCGCAGAAGACUGCAUUCCUGGCACAGGAGUAUACCUGCGUCACGGCUACAUAUACUCAUCACUAGCAGGCUAUGUGCUCAGGAAGAAUGAGGGAGAGGAGUUGCCAGUGAUCUCAGUGGUGAGGGAAACAGAAACGCAACUGCUACCAGAUGUAGGAGCAAUAGUUACCUGUAAGGUGACCAGCAUUAACCCCAGGUUUGCCAAAGUCCACAUCCUUUAUGUAGGGUCCACACCACUGAAGGAUCGCUUUAGGGGGACUAUCAGAAAAGAAGAUGUACGUGCAACAGAGAAAGACAAGGUGGAGACAUACAAAAGCUUCAGACCUGGUGACAUUGUCUUGGCAAAAGUUCUUUCCCUCGGUGACGUUCAGUCUAACUACCUGUUGACAACAGCAGAGAAUGAACUGGGAGUAGUUGUGGCACACAGUGAAGCAGGUGCUCAGAUGGUUCCCAUCAGCUGGUGUGAGAUGCAGUGCCCACUUACACAUGCCAAAGAGUUCCGUAAAGUGGCACGAGUGCAGCCCGAGUACCUACAAGCGUGAGAGCCCACAUCUUCCCACCACAAGGAAGGAGAGCACAACUUUCCUUCCCUUUCUUCAGCUCUCAUCAAGCAGCUCUGUUUUUUAGACGCUAUCCGAGGGAUGAUUCACAGGCUACUUCUGGUUUUGUGUCUUAAGUGUUUUGUAAAAUGCUGUCCCUCUGCAUAUUUAGUCAUCCUUUCAUUGUAUUGGAUUUCAAACACUGAGACCACCUUGCAAAAAAAAAAAAAAAAAAAAAAA